CUCCCGGGGCCCGAGGGGUCACUCUGGAAGCUUCUACGGCCGGGAGGGGCGACGGGCCUCUCAGGGAUUCCAGUGUUUUCGGCAACACCGUUUCUGUCUGCACUCUCCAAUUCUGCCAGCGCCCCCCAGUUUUGUUAGUGCGUUCCCCCACCUGCUAGUGCCCCCCAGCCCUGUGGGGGUGCCCAGGAUUGCGGAAUCUCCCCCAUCUUGUCAAGGCACCGAAUUCUGUCAAUGUUCAUUGUUCUCUCAGUGCCUCCCAGGCCUGCCAGGGCCCCCCGAAUUUUCUAGGAAUACCUCGAUCCUUCUGGGCCCCCCAAUCAUGCCAGUAUGUGGACCCGCCAGGGUCCCCUUAUCUCUGUGGGCUCUCCAAUCUUUCCAGAAGUCCCACAGUCUUGUUUGUGCCCCUCGGUCAGCUAAGGCUCCCCAGUCUUGGCAGGAUCCCUUAUUCUUGCCAGGGCCCCAAAAUCUUUCCAGGAUUUCCCCAAUCCUUCCACCUUGCCAGGGCCUCCCGAUAUUAUCAUACUUUCUCAUCCUUCCAGGGUUUCCUCAGUCCUUACGGCUGUCCCCUCCCGCAUCAAAACCUCAUUUAUCAGAACCUCAUUCUGCCAGAGAACCCCAAUUUUGUCUGGGCUCACAAUCUUAUCAGUGACUCCCUUUACUUGCAAGGAUUUCUUAACCAACCUGGCCUCCUUAAACUGUUAAAAGGCUGCCCCAGUCCUGUUGAGAUUCCCCCAUUCCUGCCAGGCCUGCCAGUCUGGGUCCCCAGUUCCAUCAGGAUCACAACCCUGCCCGAGCUCCCAUCUCCUUUUCUUAUCCACUCUUCCACGUGCUCCAGGCUUCGGAGCUAAGCACUGCAGCCCCAGUACUGACCCUAAUUGACUGAAACCUGUUCCUCAGAUCAGCUUCUGUCCUCUCAAACUGGAGCACAUCUAAAGAGCCAUUAUCCCAGGGCUGGAAGCAAGCCCUCAAUGGCUAUUCUGUUCAGUGUCCCCAUUCCAUAGAUGGAAUUUGGGCCUUGAGACGGCCUUGCCUGUGGUCUCACUGCUGAACUGAUAGCAGAGCCGGGAGGAGAAGCCAGAUCUCACACCCAGGCCCCACUACCCUUCUUGACUUGCCAUUUUGCAGAGGAAUGAAGUUUCCAAAGUCUGUCAUUUGCCCUGAUUUUUUGUGCAUGCCCUGCUAAACCAAACCAAAAAAACCAAACCCAGUGCCGUCGAGUCACUUCCAACUCAUAGCGACCCUAUAGAACAAAGUAGAACUGUCCCAUAGAGUUUCCAUGGAGCGCCUGGUGGAUUUGAACUGCCAAACCUUUGGUUAGCAGCCAUAGCACUUAACCACUACGCCACCAGGCAUGCCCUGCUAACCACCUGUUACCAUUUGGUGUUAAGUCAGUUCUGACUUACGGUGACCGCAUGUGUGUCAGAGUAGAACUGUGCUCCAUAGGAUUUUCAGUGGCUGAUUUUUCAGAAAUAGAUUGCCAGGCCUUUCUCCUGAGGCACCUCCUGGUGGACUCGAACUCCAGCCUUUCAGUUAGCAGCCAAGCACAUUAACCAUUUGUACCACCCAGAGAUUUAGGGCAGAUCCUCUGUCCCGUCCCUUUGUUACUCUGUCCUUCAGUUGCCGUCAUGAGCAUUGUGGUUUUAAGCACAGCCUGGGGAGCCCAUCUGGGAUGGGUUCACAUCCUGGCUGCCUGACUCACUGACCAGGUGGCCACAUCCCUUUGUGUCCUCAUCUAUAAAAAUGGGGAUGAAAAUAAAAUCUGCCUCUGGGGUUGCUUUGAGAAUGAGACGAGAUUAUCACAGUGCCUCAAAACCUGUUGCUGUUGAGCCGAUUCUGACUCACGGUGACCCUGUCUGUGUCCGAGUAGAACUGGACCCCGUGUGAUUUUCAAUGGCUGUUAUCUUACAAAGUAGAUCGUCAGGCCUUUCUUCGGCAGCACCAUUGGUUAGAUUGAACCGCUAACCUUUUCAGUUAGUAGCUGAGCACAAACUGUUCGUGCCAUCCAGGGACCUUAUGCACUGAAAUAUUAGUGUUUGAUUCAGGGACAUGAAGAACACUUGUAAAGAGCUUUAGCAUUUCUGAUAGUCUUUUUUAACCUUCCCAGGCACUCUUGUGAAUGUAAGUCAGCACAGUGAUGCAUUAAGAAACUUCUGAGGUUAUACACCCACUCCUCACUUUUCGACAUGGGUAGGUUCCAAAGACCAGGUUGUCAUGUGAAAAUCAGCAUUGUGCAAAAAUGGAGAAUGACUACAUCAGAUCACAAAACGGAGGAUGACUACGUCAUUACAUAGCUGUCAGUUCCCCCAGUCUGGGUCCCCAGUUUUAUCAGGAUCUCCCAGUCCUGCCAGACCUCCCAUCUCCUUUUCUUAUCUACCCUCCACAUAACAGUCAAACCGCUGAGAAUCAUGGCCCAGCCAAGUUGACACAUAACCUUCACCAUCACAGCUAGCGUUACUCUCUCCUUGCACUUGGCGUUCGUUAGCGCCAGACCUACGUCAUUAAUGUGCAAAAUAAUUGGAUAGUAGAUUUUUUUACUAUUAUAAGUGCGAAAUGUCAGAUAAGGAGAUAGGUGAUAAGUGAGGAGUAGGUGUAAUACUUAAUAGUAGUGGCUACAUUUAGUAAGCUUUUACUAUAUGACCUAUACGUCGUUGUUGUUCGUUGCCAUUGAGUUGAUUCUCACUCAGAGUGACCCCAUGUGUGCCGAGUAGAACAGUGUUCCAUAGGGUUUUUAAGGCUGUGACCUUUUGGAAGCAGAUUGCCAGGCUGUCUUCUGAGGCACCUCUGGGUGGGUUUGAAUCACCUGCCUUUGGGCUACUAGUCGAGCGCUUGACUGUUUGCACCACCCAGGGGCUUCUGCCCUAUGCAUUUGUUGUUGUUGUUGUUAGGUGCCGUCGAGUCGGAUCCGACUCAUAGCAGCCCUACGCACAACAGAACGAAACACUGCCUGGUCCUGAGCCAUCCUUACAGCUGUUGUUAUGCUUGAGCUCAUUGUUGCAGCCACUGUGUCAAUCCACCUCGUUGAGGGUCUUCCUUUUUUCCGCUGACCCUGUACUCUGCCAAGCAUGAUGUGCUUUUCCGGGGACUGAUCCCUCCUGACGUGUCCAAGAUACAAAGUCAUGAAGAACUGGGGAGUUAUUGGUGGUAUUGCCGCUGCGCUUGCAGCAGGAAUAUAUGUUAUUUGGGGGCCCAUUACAGAAAGAAAGAAGCGUAGAAAAGGGCUCGUUCCUGGCCUUCUCAACUUAGGGAACACGUGCUUCAUGAACUCCCUGCUGCAAGGCUUGUCUGCUUGCCCCACUUUCAUCAAGUGGCUGGAAGAGUUUACAAGCCAGUACACCCGGGAUCCGAAGGAGCCGCCGCCACACCAGUACUUAUCUUUAACACUGUUGCAUCUCCUGAAAGCUUUGUCCUGCCAGGAAGUUACUGAUGACGAGGUUCUGGAUGCCAGCUGCUUGUUGGAUGUCUUACGAAUGUACAGAUGGCAGAUCUCUUCAUUUGAAGAACAGGAUGCUCACGAACUCUUCCAUGUCAUUACCUCGUCGUUGGAAGAUGAGCGAGACCGGCAGCCCCGGGUCACACAUCUGUUUGAUGUGCACUCUUUGGAGCAGCAGUCAGAAAUCACCCCCAAACAGAUAACCUGCCGCACGAGAGGGUCACCUCACCCCACGUCCGGUCACUGGAAGUCUCAGCACCCUUUCCAUGGAAGACUUACUAGUAAUAUGGUCUGCAAACACUGUGAACACCAGAGUCCUGUUCGAUUUGAUACCUUUGAUAGCCUUUCACUAAGUAUUCCAGCGGCCACAUGGGGUCACCCGCUGACCCUGGACCACUGCCUGCACCACUUCAUCUCAUCAGAGUCGGUGCGCGAUGUCGUCUGUGACAACUGUACGAAGAUUGAAGCAAAAGGGGUAUUGAAUGGGGAAAAAGUGGAACACCAGAGGACUACGUUUGUCAAACAGUUAAAGCUAGGGAAGCUCCCUCAGUGCCUCUGCAUCCACUUGCAGCGUCUGAGCUGGUCCAGCCACGGCACGCCCCUGAAGCGGCACGAGCACGUGCAGUUCAACGAGUUCCUGAUACUGGACAUCUACAAGUACCGCCUCCUCGGACAUAAGCCUGGCCAACGCAAGCCGGUGCUGAGUGACGGCACAGGGCCCGCGUCAGAGCCGCAGGACGGGCCGGCCGCCCCCAAGCCAGUUCUGAAUCAGCCAGGAGCCCCCAAAACACAAGUUUUUAUGAAUGGCGCCUGCUCCCCAUCUUUACUGCCGACCCUGCCAACCCCGAUGACGUUCCCUCUUCCAGUUGUUCCUGACUACAGCUCCUCCACGUACCUCUUCCGGCUGAUGGCAGUUGUUGUCCACCAUGGAGACAUGCACUCUGGACACUUUGUGACUUACCGACGGUCCCCGCCUUCAGCCAAGAACCCACUCUCAACUAGCAGCCAGUGGCUGUGGAUUUCCGACGACACCGUCCGCAAGGCCAGCCUGCAAGAGGUCCUGUCCUCCAGUGCUUACCUGCUGUUCUAUGAGCGAGUCCUCACCAAGACGCAGCACCAGGGCCAGGAGUACAAGUCUGAAGAGUGACCGCGUAGCCCCAGAACUGGAGGCCAUGGAACUGUCCACACCCUUCAGGAAAAAAGCAAAAUCAUACUCUGUGUGUUAUGCAAACAGCCCCACUAGAGUUCUUCAGCCUUCCGGUGUGUUCCAAGAGCAGGCUCCACAGGGGGCCAGCGCCCCAAUCCCGACCAGUCGGGCUCCCUGCACAGCUCUGUGAGCAUGCGGCGAGAGUGUCGUCGUCGUCUUAGGAAAGCAUCCAUUAUGUCUAGAGCGCCUUUUUACCAGCGGUAGAGGUAAUUAAAAAGAAAUCAAACUCCAGAGCCCUUUUUUAUAUUCUAACAUGUUCGGUGUUUUCCAGGGGGAGUCAUACUUUGGCUAAUCCUCUGAUGUUUCAGUACGGUUCUUUUAUUUUUUUUAAUGAGCAAGCCCAUAAAAAUGGUUGACAAGAAUCAGUGGAGUUUUUCAAGGCAACAACUUCGAAGAAAAAGUGCCUUUCACUUUCGACUGCUUUUGUAGCCUGUCUAUUCUGGAAAACAGACAUUACCUAGGAGUCUUAUAAAUGAUUUUUGAAAAGCUCUGCUCCUUCACUUAGCGGAGAGCAAAGAAACAGUUCAAAGAUGCCUGAAGAACACAUGCCUUCCCUUUUUGUAUGUCUUUUUCUAACCUUUCAAUUCUUUAUAUGUAGUAAAGACACAUCGGCCAAACUGGCCCCUCGGGGAGAUUCUUUCACUACAUUGUCAUUGCCAGAUGAACUGCUUACCUAUUGCUUUUCUCUUUUGUAUACGGACUCCAGGAGAGGUGAUUAUUAUAAGCCUGUGUGAAUAGCCAGAAUCGAGCACUUUCUGUGUAACACCUACGACUCCGCUGCUCCUCCGCAGAAAACUCUUUAGUACCCUGGGACUCAUUGUGGACGGCUGUGUUCAUCUAUUUAUUUAUUGCCCUUGGAAGAGCCCUUAACUUAAGGUUGGAGCCUGGAGCUCCCUGCCGUGAUUUGAGAGCUGGAAUAGGAGGGACAGGCACAAACCAGGGGCUGCAGUCUCUCUGGACCUCGGUUUCUUCGUUUGUAAAGUGAGGGGGUUACAUUUGAUGGCUAUCAAAGUCCAGCCCUUCCCACAAAAAGAAGAAGGCUUUGAUUUGUUUUUAAGCACGUAGCUACAGCUGACAUCUCUUACUGCAUUUGAAAUGCUCAUUUGUUAUAUGACCACAUUUUAAAUUUCUCUUCAUUGUUUCCAGUAGCCUGAUAGAAAAAGAAUAUGUUGAGCCUUUGCCUCCCUUUUCAGACGUCUCAUGAACGCAGCCCAGGGCUGGAGGAAUUUUGAUUACAUAGUAGUACUUGUGUUUUAUGGAGCCCUGGUGGCACAGUGGUUAAGCACUCAGCUGCUAACCGAACGAUUGGCAGUUGGAACCCACCAGCCACUCUGCAGGAGAGAGAUGUGGCAGUCUGCUUCUGUAAAGAUUAUAGCCUUGGAAACCAUAUGGGGGAGCUCCACCCUGUCCUAUAAGGUCGCUAUGAGUUGGAAUCACCUCUGUGGCAAUGGGCCACCUAUGUUCUAGCUAGAUUUUUUUUUUUUUUUAAGUAAAAAUGGAUACCAAAUGCAAACUUACUCUUCAGAGACAAGGUUGGGAAUUAGACCCAUCCAGAAGGUCACCUGAGGUGAGGCUAAGAACAGUGCCACUUCAGCAGUGGAGAACUGCCCAAUACUUCAAGAUGAUGCCUUGGUGUCAGCUGAAAGUGCAGGAAGCCACGGACCCAGGAUGCAUCUUAAGGACUCAGUAACUUCUGCUAUCGAUGGAAUAUACUGUGAAAGAACCCUGGGCCACGAACGUCAGUAGAAAGGACAAACGUGAACCACCUGAUCCAUUCAUUGCUGAUGUCCCUCCAUCCCACAGCCGACCCUGGCUUUGACGUUGAAACGAACGCACCUGUUUUACCCAAGGCUGGUGGAAUAAAUGCCCAAUCGUGUGGCCCUGAGCUGAGCUGCUCUGCAGAGUUGUAGCUUUGAGUAACUGUUCUUCCGCCACUGCUCAGUCUUUGAAAUCUGCCAUUAAAGAGGGGUGGCAGGCUGAAAGGGGAUAACCCCUUUACGGCUGAGUUUCAAGCAGACCAUUAGUCAGAAGACAGGUUUGAGCCAAGGUUGUAAAUGUGAGCAAUGUCUGUGCAAAACCUCUUCCUCUGACUUCCUCAUUUGUCAGUUAGGAAUUAACAACAGAAUAAUCUUAUUUCCAGUUUUAAAUUAUUUACAGAGUUCACAAAGUUAGCUUCUUUUUGCAGAAACCUAAGUUAAACUAGUAGUUUAUGCCAUAAUAAUUGCUGAUUUACAUAUUUGCUACAGGUACUUUUUGUAUCUGCCGUGUAUCAUAGCAAUAAAAGGAUCAUUUUGUUAGGAAAAAA